AUGAGCUGUGCUAUUUCUUAUUACCUUCUGUUUGUUUUUCCAGGCUGCAGACUCUUGGCUGUGGAGCUGAUAUCCAGCAACACCCAGCCCGUGGUGCAGGAAUUCCAGAGUGUUGAGCUGUCCUGCAUCAUUAAAUCCACUGUGACGCCAGAUCCCAGGAUCGAGUGGAAGAAAAUCCGAGACGGAGAAACCUCUUACGUCUUUUUUGACAAUAAAAUGCAGGGAGACUUUGCGACCCGGGCAGAGAUCCUGAGCCGGACAUCCCUGGUGAUCAAGAACACCACCCGGAUGGACACGGCCACGUACCGCUGCGAGGUGGCAGCGCCCUCCGACACCAAAAGCAUCGACGAGAUCAACAUCCAGCUCACGGUCCAAGUGAAACCCAUGACUCCCAGAUGCACUGUGCCUAAAGCUGUACCUGUUGGCAAGUCAGCCUCUCUUCACUGCCACGAGAAUGAAGGUUUCCCAAAGUCCACUUACAGCUGGUACCGCAACAGUGAACCUUUGUCACCCGACACGAAAGCCAAACCCCACAACUCCUCCUACACCCUGAACCCCGCCACAGGCACUCUGGUUUUCCACGCAGUGCACAAAGGUGACACAGGACGUUACUUCUGCAUAGCAACAAAUGAUGCUGGCUUUGCCAAGUGUGAGGAGCAGGAGAUGGAAGUCUAUGACCUCAACAUCGGUGGGAUAAUCGGGGGAGUCCUGGUGGUCCUGGCAGUUUUGGUGCUCAUCACCUUUGGGAUCUGCUGUGCCUACAGGAGGGGAUACUUUGCCAACGGCAAAGAGAGCGGGGAAAGCUACAAGACUCCAGCAAAACCUGAUGGCGUUAACUAUAUCCGGACAGAUGAUGAGGGCGACUUCAGACACAAGUCUUCGUUCGUCAUAUAGGACACCAAAAGAAUACUGCAAAACCAGCAAAAGUGUGAAAAUACCUCCUCCAGGAACUCAAAAGCGAGAGCAAAAGAUCAAUUAAGUGCGCUUGGAAGAGUUUGGAACACACAAGAACUCGAUAGCUAGCUAUCUGUAUAUCUUUUUUUUCUUUGCCAAAGUUUAAAGUAACUCCUCACUGCCCAACUCGCGUCUCCCCUGCCUCUGGAGAUACCAACAGGAUCACCUAAACCUGUCCUUGGACUAAGGAAGCAUUCUAAUACUUCCCAAGAGACUGGGCUGUGGAAGUUUGUGGCAUUGCCUUUCUAUUUGUGCUGCAGGGACACGGCCACAAUGUGCAAACCACCCAGGGGGACAGCAUUAGGUAAACGUGCAGUAGACAUUGCUAGUACGUGUUACUAGUAGACAAAAAAAGGUGCUGAUACAGCAGUAGAUGGACUUCAAAGAGCGAGAUUUAUCCAUGCAAGGGGGGGGUUUUUCCUCCCAGCAGCUCAUUGCCCAGGCCUGGCUGGUGACUUUUACACAUUUGUGUGUAAAAGAUUGUCCUGUGCUCGACUCUGACUGCUCAGGAGCAGGGGGGGUGUCUCUGAACAGCCAACAGCGAACACCACUAAUGUUCUCAGCCCCUGUGUAAACUUAAUUCUUGUUAUUUAACAUGAUGACCCACCAGGCCAGGAUUGCUUCUGUUCCCUGCUUUGUAGAGAGCUCAUUGCACGCAGGUAACCCCUCCAUCUAAUCUGCACAAAGCAGACUUGCCUCCUGAGUCUUUCCGUGCUGAAAGAGGCUUAGAGGGGAGGCACAGAACGAGUGCUGAGACAUCCCUUUCAGGAAAAUUAAAGCCAAAUACUUUUUCCUAGGCUGAGAUUGCCAUAAAAGGUACUGAGAUAUCUUCCAGCUUUUUUUACCUUCUCCGUUUCUUUUGUAGAACCCCACGUUCUAAAUUUUUUGCAAAGAUCUAUUUUGAUUACUUCAGAAAAAGGUAACAUUUCUAUUUAAAGUGUAAAUACGUGAUGCCAGCAGUGUUUAAGUAACGGAGCUAUUUUUUUACUGUUGAAGCUACAGAGAGGAGCUCAACUGUUGCUAUAAUAUGGCACUGUCAGAGCAUAUCAGUAUUAGUGCAAACUGUAUUAAAAAGCUGCAGGUGGAACAGCAUCUCUUUCCUCUUAAACCAGCUUCAGCCAUUUCCUUGUCACAAGAGGUCUUACCAGACACAGAACAGAGUCACUCAGGGAUAGUUUUUGUAAAUUUAACGGCAGGAGCUAUCAACUUUUUUUUUUUUAUAUAGAAAACUUCUCUUGCCAGUGACCAACACUUUGUUUUUGUUGUUGCAAGAAAUAUCCAGGGAUGGCUAUUUUGGAUUCAGUUCCAACGAGGUGACAGAGUGACUUCAAUGUUUGCUGCCCCUCUGCAAGUUCCCUAAAGCACUAAAACAGUGUGACAGCUACAGCAACCCGACAGGUUUAAAGCUCACACGGCCAAGGCCACUGUUUCUGGGGUUGGGAAGGCAAAAGCACGACACAAAAGCACUUUCUUGGUGUCAGCUGAAACUUUUCUCUAGGUGGUAAA